CCGCCCGGCAGCCCUAAGCCCUAAGCGGACAUGAUGGCCUGACUUCUCGUCGUCGACGUCGACAUCGUCAUCGCCGUUGAGCUUCACGCUUCAGGGAUCCUGGAUGGGCGCUCUCUGUCGAUUGAGAUAAGCCGCGCUUCUUUCACCAUCCGUCCCUCUCUCCCUCCCCUGCCUCCCGCGGCCGGCGCUCUGAUGCUGGCAUCGCAAUCUGCCCCGGAUUCAUUUCCCCGCCUUGUCCCUUGUCCUCAGCUUCCCCGCUAAAGAUGGGCAAUAAUCCUUCAAAGACGCCGUCGACUGGCGCCUCCUCCAACUCGGCCGCCCAGAAUCUCUCAGUGCCUGGGAAUGACCGACGAGUACAUCGGCGGGUGUCAAAUCAUGGCCUGAAGUCAGCUGCGGCGGAUCCAUCAGCCUCCAAAGAUAGCGCAACUGGACAUCCGGCAGCGAACACGCAAACUCCUGUACAACAACGACUGCAGUCUCGCAACAUCCCCGAUGAAGGCGGAAGGCCAGAGAGAUCGGAUUCCAAGAGGAUACAGCGUCAUCGGAGCGUGCCAAAACAGGAUCCUUCCGACCCUGUUCAGGUUCCCUCACGCCCCUCCGCAAGACGGGAUCCAGGUGUAGCUCCCUCUGGGCCGCCAUUGAAUACGUACUAUGGCGCUUCUGCGCAUCUUCAACGCCCUCCUCGACUCCCUCUGCCUAUUGGCGAUGCCACUGCCACGCCUGGCUCACCGGUAAUAGCACCAGCCGAUCCCCAGAUCGAAUCUGUUCCAUGGGACACGCUAGACGAACCGUUAACUCGCCAGACCACAUCACAUAGGACCACUGCUGUCGAUGAGGAUGAGGUCGUCGAUGAUGAUCAAUAUUCGAUAAGCGGAGUGGGAAAGGCCGUCCCGACAACCAUCGAGUGGCGUGGGCCUGGAGAGAAGGUAUAUGUGACGGGAACGUUUGUAAACUGGGAGAAGAAGUUCCGAGUACAUAGGAGUGAAACUGAUCCAGGAGUGCUGACCACGACCCUGAGCCUCCGCCCCGGCACGCAUCAUCUCAAGUUUAUCGUAGAUGGCGAUAUGCGAGCUUCGGAUGACCUCCCGACAGCGGUGGAUUUCACUAACCACCUCGUCAACUAUAUCGAAGUCAGUGCAGAUGAGGUUCAGCGGCCACGACGGGAAAGCGACCGGACGAAUAGGUCCGCGAUUCCACCUGGAGUGCAUCCGCCGCAGGUUCUCCCCGAGAUCAUCGGUACUGGUCCGGCGGGCGAUGCCGUCGAAGAUGAAGCGGAAAAGGAGGAACCGGAAGAGGAGAUCCCUCCUGGAGACUUCCGCAAUAUUGUCCCCCAGUUCCUAGCCGAUAUCGACCAGGAAGAGGACAAUGAUGCAUAUCAGCAAGCGGCGAAUGUCAUCUCGGACUCUUCCGCACCACCAGUCCUGCCCUUGUUUCUGGGCAAAUCUAUUUUGAACGGCACGACACCUAUGAAAGACGACAAUAGUGUGCUGAACUAUCCCAAUCACACUGUCCUGAACCACUUGGCAACCAGUAGCAUCAAGAACGGUGUGUUGGCCACGAGUGUCACGACGAGAUACAAACGAAAGUACGUAACGACGAUAUUGUACAAACCUACCGGGGAUAUCACGGGUCAGUAAUGAGAAACGAGCGCCAUGUAGCACAGAAUAUCACAUUCUUCUCUGAUGUCAUUGUGCCAUCCAUCUCUUCCCUUUUUAUCUUACUUUUUUAUCUCAUUUUAAUCGAUUCAACCGACACUGAGCCGCUCAAGCAGCUUCCCUUGGC